UGGCGGGCGCUGAUUGGCGGGCGCCGGGCGUAGCGUGGAGGGAGGCACCGCCCCCGCGCCCCUCAGAGCGCGGCCAUGGCGUACGGCGGCCUGGCGGUGCCCAUCAUCGUCAUGAGCGUGUUCUGGGGGGUGGUCGGCGGCGUCCUGCCCUGGCUCGUACCCAAGGGGCCGAACCGCGGGGUUAUCAACACCAUGCUGGUGACCUGUGCUGUUUGCUGCUACCUGUUUUGGCUGAUUGCAAUUCUGGCUCAGCUGAACCCCCUCUUUGGGCCACAGUUAAGCAAUGAAACAAUCUGGUAUCUUAGAUAUCACUGGCCUUAAGGAUGUCUGUGCUGUGCUGCAGCUCAUUGGCAGGUGAAGAAGAGAUGAGAAUCUCCACUGGCCCAAAGGUGCCCUUGCUGUAGCUGGUUGGAUACGAAGCCUGCAGUAAUGCCUUAACUUUUCUAAUGUUCUUCAAGUGGCCUCUUCAAAAUUCUGUGGUUUUUCUUACUACUCCAUUUAACAGAGUGCCUAAUGCAAUUGAUACUCCUCUUUGGUGCUGUCAGU